AUGAGCACCUCAGAGUCUUCCUUGUCCAGUUCACCACCUCCGCCAGACUCACCAGAGGCAAGCUAUGAGGGUCCACCGACUUUAGAGCGCUUAGUGAUACAUUUUGUGUCUGCAAAGAGGUCUCUCAACUCUACCGGCUAUGUCUUCCGUGCCAACGAGCUCGUCACGAGCUCACGAUCCCUUAUCGAAGAGCUUGCCGUGCUGAACGCGAAGAAUGCCUUUGCUAAGCGGGGCCUGGACGAGCAGGUAGACACGCUCGAUGCCAUCCGGGACGCUAUCGUUGCCGACGGGGACAAAGUAUCUGAUCAGUUCAACGCCACUCUUGCCACCCUAGACACUGCCCACAUCAGGCUGGAGAAGACAUUGAAGACGCUACGAAAGACAGUGGUGCGCACGAAACAGACCGAUCAGGCAGCAAGUCAGGGGACAGCAUCGGAGAGUGCUGUCAGUGACUCCCAGCAAGAUGAGCAGAAGACUCUUUUCGACUUCAUCGACGAGCAGAACCACGAAGACCUGCUAAGCUCGUUGCGAGGGCUCAUUGACUCUCACCAUGUUGCCCGUCGCGAGCUGAACAGCAACUUGCAAGUCUUUGAUGAUUCUCUCAAGUCAAUAUCUAAACAGCUCACUAUCUCGCCAGAAGCCUCGGCAGGACCGAACAAGCCCACUAUCUAUGAUGAGCCACCAGCUACGAUCGAGCAGCUGUUUCGGGGCAUGGAGGACCACGCCACUGAGAUGGCCUCCAGUCUGCAGAAUCUGAUCCAGCACUACGACCUGUGUGUGACAGCACUCAAACAUACCGAAGGUGGUGGCGAGGCCGCAAAACAGGCCAUCGACAUUGCAGAGUUAGCUAAGGGCAUUCUGGGUGCCGAGGAGAGUUUGUAUGGCAAAACGGUCGCGGAACCCAUCUCGGACGAGGAACGCGCGGAAAUGCUGCGGAUCAUUGACAAGGAUUCUUUCGAAGUCGAGGAUGUGAUGGCUGAAAUUCGAGAUCGCGCCAGUGAGAUGGAGAGUCAUUACCAGGAGCUAUCAAGACAUGUCAGCAACGGGCGGUCGCAGAAUAAGACUCUGCGGCAUGUCCUCAGUUUGAUGCAUGAGGUCCGUGCAGCUAUACCUGGCUACCUGCGCGCAGAAUUAAAGUACCGCGAGUCCUGGACUGGCAUCAACCGCGAAAUUCUGGCCAAAACUCAGGCGUUGGCAGAUCUUAGUGUCUUCUACGAGCAGUUCCUCUCUGGGUAUGGCAAGCUUUUGAAGGAAGUCGAGAGGCGCAAGGCGAGUGAGGCGCAAAUGCAAAAAGUCGCAGAACGUGCGAAACGGGACCUGGCUAAGCUCUACGGGGCGGAUCGUGUGGCGAGGGAGGAGUUCAUGGAGCAAGUUGGGGAAGUGCUGCCAAGCGAUCUUGGCGAAUGGUAUGGGCUGGGACUGGAAGCCCCAAAAUGGUCGGUCAACGUUGUCGUGCCUGAUGAUGAGCUCGAAGAAGAGUGA